AUGAUAUUUAAAGAAUUAUUUCUUAAUGGAUAUAAAGGUGUCGAAAAAAUAAACGAUGAUAGCAUUUUAAAAGAAUCAAAAAUCAGGAAGGGUAUUUCUUCAGAUGAGUUUAAAAAUGUAAAACAUCUGACUGAAAUCAAAGAAUUUUUAUUAGAGUUGGCUACGGAAUUGGAAAAAAUAAUUAAUAGUCUUUAUUUAGAACUUGAUUAUAAAAAAAGAUCAGGAAAAGUAGAUCCUAAUACGGCUCUAAAAACGGGAAGCAAAUUAAUGUCUGAAAUAUUAAAAAAAUUUGGUAGUGAAAUUGAAGAGAUUGAAGAAAAGGAAAUUGAAAAGAUUGAAGAAAAGGAAAAUGACCCGCUUACGUUGUCAGUCUCACCUGAGAUAAUAGCAAAGAAAGAAAAAAACAUCCCGCUAGUUCCUAAAUUGUCAGACUCACCUGAGAUGAUAGGAAAGAAAAAGAUCAAAAGAGAGCGAGGUGUUGGAACCCCUGUACCUUCUCCAAGAGGCGUUCAAAAGAAAGUAAAAACUAUUAUAAAUAUUACACCGAGUAAAUCAACCCAUAAGAAGAAUGGUGAUCAGGCUGUUACUUCGCCAAGUGUUCCAAAAAAGAAGAAAAAAGUACAAUUCGCUCUCCCUCCAGAGACUAAACCAUAAAAUCACUCAAAUUUUGAAAUACAUAUUUAAGCAGGGGUUCGUCGUAAUUAAAUUUUAACGAUUUAAAAUUACUGAAAAUGAAACUUGUAAAUUAGGAUUAGGAUGUUUUCGAUUCGGCGUAACCCUUGUUUUAAUUUGUAAAAUUGUGUAAAGAGAAAAAAGAAUUGAAGGAAAUUUAUACCUUCUCCAAGAGGCGAUCAAAAGAAACCUAUGUAACAAAAAGAUAAAAGAAAAUUUUCUUCCUUUUUGAUA